AUGAAGUUUACUGCCGCUUCCAUUCUCCUGGCUGCCAGCUCUGCCUUUGCCUCUCCGGUUGUCGAGCGAGGCAGCUCCAUCCAGGUCAGCGAUUUCUGGGCUAGGGCUGGCCUCGGUUCCAGUGCUAGCAUGCACUUCGUCGUGACCGAUGCAAACUACCCCGAUGACACCCCCACCGACUGCAACUUGCUCUGGUCUUACGGAUCAUCGCCCAAACUAAACGCACGCUGCAACAAUGGUCAAUACUACAUCCGCUUUCCCGAUGGGCCCGUGAACUUUGACCAGUUCACAUUGGAGCUUGAGAGAGUCUCGGGCCCAAUUCCUGAGCACGGCAGUGCCUUGUUGAAAUCUGGUACUGAGUGGGCUUGCGAGGACAACCCUCAGGAGGGUGUCGUGCGUUACUGUGCGCAUUAUGGUGUGCUCAACAUUGCCGUGUGA